AUGGGUCAGACCCACAGAAAUGAGCAAAAGAUCUGCCAAAGUGUCAAGAUCUUUGUGAAGACCCUGACUGGUAAGACCAUCACUUUGGAGGUCGAGCCAAGUGAUACUAUUGAGAAUGUCAAAGCUAAGAUCCAGGAUAAGGAAGGCAUCCCUCCUGACCAGCAGAGGCUGAUCUUUGCCGGUAAGCAGCUGGAAGAUGGCCGCACCCUGUCAGAUUAUAACAUCCAGAAAGAGUCCACCCUCCAUCUGGUCCUGCGGCUGAGAGGAGGUAUGCAGAUCUUUGUGAAGACCCUCACAGGCAAGACAAUCACCCUGGAGGCUGUCCCAAUACCUGAAACUGGUUUCUGA